UCCCGCAAAAAACGAAGGCGCUCUGCUGGAUUUCCCGGGAAAAUUAGGAGCCAUUGUUAGAGAACCCCUCUUCGCUCUUCCCCAAUGGACGAGUCGGGCACUCCCCAGUCACAAUCUUCGCAGCUCAAUCUACCUCCCAAUAUGGCUCUAGCUCCUCUCUCUCUUGACAACCUAGCUCCUUCUCGAUCUAUUGACCGUUUGAUCAACUCCAGUUACUAUAAAUCACCUUCCAGGACGAUUUAUUCUGAUAGGUUUAUACCCAGCAGAUCCGGCUCCAAUUUCGCGCUCUUUGGUAUCUCUACGCCGAAGAGUUCUACCGCAGACGGACGCGAAGACAGUUCUAGCACCUACACCACGCUUUUGCGCACUGCGUUAUUCGGACCUGAUGCCGGAGUCAUAUCUCCGGUGACGCCGGAGAAGAAGGGCUUAUCAACGCUACCAAACCGAAAUAUAUUUCGUUACAAAACUGAAACUUGCCAGUCCAUGCACUCGCUUGAGCCGUUUGUGUUCGAUGAUGUGGUGCCAGUGACCAAUCAUAGGCCGGUCAAGGCUCCUCAGAAAAUUCCACGGUCGCCUUAUAAGGUUCUAGAUGCUCCCGGGCUGCAAGACGAUUUUUAUCUUAAUCUUGUGGAUUGGUCUUCCCACAAUGUGCUGGCUGUGGGAUUGGGUGCUUGUGUUUAUUUGUGGAAUGCUUGUAGUAGCAAGGUAACUAAGUUAUGUGACCUGGGGAAUGACGACAGCGUUUGUUCAGUUGGUUGGGCUCAACGUGGUACUCAUCUUGCCGUUGGAGCUAGCAAUGGUAAAGUUCAGAUUUGGGAUGCAUCUCAAUGCAAGAAGAUCAGAACGAUGGAAGGCCAUCGAUUACGUGUUGGAGCCUUGGCCUGGACUUCAUCUCUUUUGUCUUCUGGUGGUCGGGAUAAGAAUAUUUAUCAACGAGAUAUCCGUGCACAGGAAGAUUUUGUUGGUAAACUCUCAGGGCACAAAUCAGAGGUUUGUGGGCUUAAGUGGUCAUAUGACAACGGGGAGUUGGCAUCUGGAGGAAAUGACAACAAAUUGCUUGUUUGGAAUCAACACUCUACCCAGCCAGUCCUAAAGUUCUGUGAGCAUACAGCAGCUGUUAAAGCUAUUGCAUGGUCUCCUCAUCUUCAUGGACUUCUUGCAUCGGGAGGAGGAACUGCAGACCGGAGUAUUCGCUUCUGGAAUACAACCACAAACUCACACUUACGUUGUGUGGACACUGGAAGUCAGGUCUGCAACCUUGUCUGGUCUAAAAAUGUCAAUGAACUGGUAAGCACGCAUGGCUACUCCCAGAAUCAAAUAAUAGUAUGGAGAUAUCCCAACAUGUCAAAGGUGGCAACUCUUACAGGCCAUACAUAUAGAGUUCUUUAUCUUGCCAUUUCUCCUGAUGGACAGAAUAUUGUCACGGGAGCUGGAGAUGAAACACUUAGGUUUUGGCAUAUAUUCCCUUCCCCUAAAUCUCAGAACACUGAAAGUGAAAUUGGAGCAUUUUCUCUUGGAAGAAGUAUUAUUAGGUGACUUUCAGAACAGCAUGGUGGACAACUCAACACGUUGUGGCACCAUCUGAGUGGACUUUUGAACAAUUGGGGCGAAAUGGAGCCUUGAAGAGGAGCUGUAAAUUAACAAUGUGGGUGCUAAUUUAUAUGCAUAUUUUUGUUGAUUUACUCUUUUCUUCUGCUUCUUUUUUUUUUUUUUUUAAGAUUUUGUAGGAGUGGUGGCCAACUUCUUUUCCCUGUAAAGCACUGCUACCAUGCUUUUGUAUAUUUUGAGAAUUAAAAUUAUACUGCGAAGAUCACCAAUGUAAUCUCUCCAAAAAUUUUGUAUAUAAAUAGAUGUUAUUAUUCCCUGGGUUUA